AUGAUGUCCACUAGGGUUAUUACGGGCAGCGAAAUUCCUCAAGGUCUAUCUGACGUUCUGGAGAGUGCUGUUGGAUAUUCAGCUCUUCUCACUGGCUUCUCGACAAUUGAAUAUGCAGCCCUUCGUUCCCUAUCCGGCUUGAUUUUGUCAUUUAUGGAAGAUAUCGCAAUAAAAAGCCUUAGCUAUGCUGAAUCUUCUGGACGUGUAAGAAUAAUACCUUUGGAUUUGGCCUUGGCCUUUGCCGAUUCUGGCAUAAGCAUAUCUUCUCUCAUAAAUCUCCCCAAGCGUCGUCAAUAUCGUGGUUUCAAAGAGCCCCUUGCUAUCGCUGAUUCUGCAAAAUUGGGUGUAGUUCAAACGUCAUUGCUUGGUCCCACUGGAGCAAUUAUUAUCCCUAGACCUCUGGGCAUCCGCAAUCAAGUUUCAACAUCGCAAACUCCUGGGCCUGUAUGGAUCGCAUCUUCUACAUCGAUAGCCAGCACUCCCUCUUCUCAUCUACCUCCUUCUCCCUCUUAUCUUCGACUACCGCCUGCUCCAGAACCACAUACUUUUUUAGCAACCCGCGUUACUCGUCCUCCACCUGCUCCAGACAUUGCUACUCUUCGUCGGCGAGCUGCAGAGCAAUUGAAGCAGGUCCAAUUCUCACUAAUCCGAUUCCUAGCAAGAGUGAACCCUGUAUAUCACCUGUUUCCAGAUGAUGCCGAGUCUUUUCCAAGUAUAAAACGUUCGCUUCUAUAA